GCGGAGGCUGCGCGGGGCGGGGAUUGGCGCGGGGAGGGAGAAGAUGGCGGAAGCCGAGGUUUGGGUAUCUUCUGACUGACAAGAGUCAAAAUACUGAUUGCAAGUCAGCUUGUUGGAUGUCUCUGAGAACAUAAGAAGUCAUGGCAGAAAACGGUGCAAUGCCAACCUUACCAAAAAAGUGUGGCCCAUACAUUUCAUGUGUAACCAGUCAUGGCAUGAAUUUGGUAAUUCGUGGUAUAGUGCUGUUUUUUAUUGGUGUAUUUCUUGCAUUAGUAUUAAACUUGCUUCAGAUCCAGAGAAAUGUUACUCUCUUCCCUCCUGAUGUGAUCACAAGCAUCUUCUCCUCAGCUUGGUGGGUACCACCUUGCUGUGGCACAGCAUCAGCUGUGAUUGGGUUAUUGUACCCAUGCAUGGACAGACAUCUGGGAGAGCCACAUAAAUUUAAGAGAGAAUGGUCCAGUGUAAUGCGAUGUGUAGCAGUCUUUGUGGGAAUAAAUCAUGCCAGUGCUAAAGUGGAUUUUGCCAACAAUAUCCAGUUGUCUCUCACACUAGCAGCCCUGUCAAUUGGACUGUGGUGGACAUUUGAUAGAUCACGAAGUGGCUUUGGUCUUGGAGUAGGAAUUGCUUUCCUAGCCACAUUGGUGUCCCAGUUUCUGGUCUACAAUGGAGUUUAUCAAUACACAUCUCCAGAUUUCCUCUACGUUCGUUCCUGGUUACCAUGUAUAUUUUUUGCUGGUGGAAUAACUAUGGGCAAUAUUGGCAGGCAGCUGGCAAUGUAUGAAUGUAAAGUCAUUGCAGAGAAGUCUCAUGAGGACUAAAGAGAAACAGUGUGCACCUUUUAAGCAGGAAAAACUACAAAUGACUGUUGGAGGAGCAUAAGGAACAGUUGACUAUGAAAUUGCCAAAAUGCAAUUUUUUUCCCUUGAGUGGUAUACUUUACUGCAAUCUGUGAUUGCUGCUUCUAUAGAAAUCUUGAUGUCUGAUUUUGAUUACUGUGAAAUUACAAUAGUAUGCAAUACAUUUGAUAAUAUUGGUUAAAUUAUAGAGUUCUUUUUUCUAAAUCCAGACAGUUUACCAUAAAUUCUUAUCUGUCCGUAAUGUUGCAGUGCCAAACUGAACCUUUGCACUACAUUUCUGUAGCUGAAACUUCUUGUUUCACUUUACCUUGAAAGUUUCGAGGAGCUUGUUCUUAAUAGCUCAGUAAAAUACAAAGUAUUCAAAUUUAGGAAUGAAGAUCAUUUCUUUACAUGAUGAUGGUCCAUAAUAUCUUUAUAAAAUUCAUGGUUGCAGGUGAGCUUUCAUGUAGUAAGUAACUGAUUUUUGCCUAUUAACACACUAUCGUUCUUGCUCACGGGUGAGGAAUCUUAAUAUGGAUUGUAUGGGUUACUGCUGUAGCAUUUCAUUUCUUUGUGGUAUGUGUCCAGGACCACAGAAUACAGAAAUGGAAACUGAGACUGGAAAUUACUUGCUAUUUCUUCUCUUGGUACAACUAGUGUACAUGUUUGUAUAUGAACUUUUGUGGGCCAUUGUCAGGUGUGGACAGGUUCUGAAACUGUUGAGUAAGAGAGUACAAUUCAGGUCAUUCUUUAAGUUGACUUGUUCUGAGCCCUUAUAAAAAAAAAACAAAACAAACCUCAACAACUUAGGGAGUUUUUAUUGCAAAACUUAAUUCUGCUGCACUAAAACAGCCAAUACUAUAUGGUGUCACAAAACCUUCCAUUAGCAAUGUUACUGCUGAUAGUUCUUGUCUACUACCUGCUCUGUUUGCAGGGAUCAGCUUAAAGGAGGCAAAGCUGUAUUUUAGGUACUUGUGUAGUCUUUUUUGCUGUGACUGUGGUCCAGGCAGCCAUGAAUGCAUUUAUUCUUAUAGCAUUUAAGGUAUUUCUGAAGUAGAGAAAUACUGUUACCCCAUUUUUACAGGUGCCCGUGUACAGAAAGUCUGAUAGGACACAGAGCUGAAAUAGGCUGCAUGCUAAUCUGUUCCCUUAUUAAGAAGGAUUUUAGUGUCUGAACCAGAUUUGGGGGCAUACAUGGAAUUUUCUCUUGUCUUUGCAUCAUCCUUUUUAAGACCAUGAGAUAAAGGAACUUGGGCAAAAAGGCAGAAAAUAGACUUGAAGAGGACACUGCUAACCUGUGCCAGCAGUGAAUUUGGAAUGGGCUAUCCCUGCUUUAUUUUCUUCCUUCUGUAUCUGUGUUGAUGACGUUUAAUAUAUUCAUUUUCAUUUUUUCAUCUUGAAGUACUGUUUUUUAAAUUUUCCAUUAAAGUUUUGUAAGGCGUAUUACAGUCACCUGUGGAGGCUGGCACUGGUCCAAAGAACAAAUAGAUGUUGUUUUAAUAGACAAGGUUUUAUUAAUAAAUGUGUGUAUGCAUUGUACAUGAAAGCUUGAAAUAGGAAACUCUUUUUCAGUCUUUUAUGCUCAUCUCUAAAUCUGAAAAGUAUGCACUAGAGUGCUUCCAAAAGCAUUGUUAUGGAAGAGGUGGUCACAGAAGGAGGAUUUCUCAAAUGGGGAAGUGUAAAAUUAAUAAAUAAGCAAAUGAUGCAUAAAGAACUUGGUUCUGCAGCUCCCCAAAGUUUCAUCAGCUUGUCACAAUUCCAUGACAGUUCAACUCUUGAAGCACACUUUUGUGGGAUAAUUUUUCAGAAAAGCAUUUACAGAUACACUUUGCUUUAAGCAGAGGUAGAACAUGUUUAAGUAGAUCCCUGGCUAGAGAUGUUCUUUUAAUCAAACCAUACUCCAAAAAGAAGCAUUUUAUUAAAUAAAACACAGAAACUGUUAGGGCAUGAACUAAGGUUAAAUUUCUUUAGGGAGGCUCUGGCAUUGCACUGAAGAAGCUGUUGGGUCCCUUUCCAUACCGUAUUUUGCUUCAUCUGUCUUUACUUAAACAAAUAGCUUCAGCUUGGUGGGCUGCAUGAUGCCUCUUGAAUUACCACAGCAUGAAUGGCAUAAAAAUUCAGCUGUUUCUAUCCUAACUAUAGGGAAUACUAUGUUACCUCAGUAGCCAGUGUGCUGACUUGCUAAACAAUUUAGUUUCAUCACAACCAAUAAGUGUAUGCAAGUGGAGUUAAGUAGGUUUUAUUAUUCACUUGGUGGUAGAACUGCUUUUACCUGCCAGUCUAAAUAUUUACACAGAAGAAGCCUUGUGUACAUUAAAAUGUGCAGCAUGUGAGAAGCAGUUAUUGUGCAUCUGUGUCACCCACUUUACAACACUUCGUACUCAGAUUCUUUGAAACUUGAUUAGACUGUGCUGUCUCCUGACUUCUUUUAAAUUUCAUUUUAGAAAUUUUGAGCAUGUUGUGCAAAGGCAACAAUUGUCCAAAAUAAAUUUGGGUUGAGUCCUUUAUUUAGAUGCAUUUUACUAUUUUUACUCUUAUUUGACCAAAGUCAAUACAGGAUUCACUUCUUGGUUGUCAUUUUUUCAAACCAUGUUGUAAUUUUAUGGCUGAUGUGUUCAAGCCCUGAAAAAUGUUCAUGAUGAGAAUGCUGGCACUGCCUUAACUGCAGUGGGUUGAACACACUGCUGCUGUAUAGCAUGUAAUUGUAACAUUGGACUGUUUAAAAAUGUUGUUCAAUAGAGGAUGGAUAAGGUAUAUUUUAGAUACAACUUUAUAAGCACUAUAACCUCUUCACUAAUUAAGCAUUGUAAGGUGUAUGCUGUUUAAACUGGCAAAUUGCUGUUAAAAGCAAAAUACACAUUAAAUACAGUUACAACCUUG